AUGCAUGUGCCAAGGCGAACAACAGGCUCCAACAUGAGCGACAGUCUCCCAGUAACUCUCUUCCUGACUGGGAUCCCAGGGCUGGAGUUUGCCCACCUCUGGAUUGCUAUCCCUUUCUGUGUCAUGUAUCUCAUAGCUCUGCUUGGUAAUGCUGCCCUCAUCCUUAUCAUAGGGACAGAGAGUGCCCUUCAUGCACCCAUGUACCUCUUCCUCUGCCUUCUCUCACUCACUGACCUGGCUCUCAGCUCCACCACUGUACCUAAAAUGUUGGCUAUUUUAUGGCUCAAUGCUAAUGAGAUUUCCUUUGGUGGAUGCCUAGCUCAAAUGUUUUGUGUCCACUCCAUCUAUGCUCUUGAGUCCUCGGUUCUCCUUGCCAUGGCCUUUGAUCGAUAUGUUGCUAUCUGCAACCCACUGAGAUAUACAACCAUCCUCAACCAUACUGUCAUAGCCCAAAUUAUCUUUGCUGGCAUAGUCCGUAGUGUGGCUAUUGUCUCCCCUUUCAUCUUUUUGCUGAGGCGACUGCCCUACUGUAGUCACCGUGUCAUGGCUCACACAUACUGUGAGCAUAUGGGCAUUGCUAGGCUUGCCUGUGCCAACAUCACUGUCAACAUUGUCUAUGGGCUGACUGUGGCUCUGCUGGCCAUGGGCCUGGAUUCCAUCCUCAUUGCCAUCUCCUAUGGCUUCAUCCUCCGGGCUGUCUUCCGUCUCCCAUCCCGUGACGCUCAACACAAGGCUCUGAGUACCUGUGGAUCUCACCUUGGUGUCAUCUUGGUUUUCUAUAUACCUGCUUUCUUCUCCUUUCUUACCCACCGUUUUGGUCACAACCGAGUUCCCAAAAAUGUACACAUCUUCCUGGCUAACCUCUAUGUGCUGGUGCCUCCUGUACUCAAUCCCAUCAUCUAUGGAGCAAGAACGAAGGAGAUUCGGAGUCGGCUUGUAAAACUGUUUCACUUGGGAAAAGACUUGGUAUGA